ACUAUUUUAACUCUACAGUUAGUAUAUAAAAUACAAACUGCAUAAUGCGCAUUGAAAAAUGUUACUUUUGUUCUUCUCCGAUCUAUCCUGGACAUGGAAUUUGUUUUGUACGAAAUGAUUGCAAAAUGUUCAGGUUUUGUCGGUCAAAGUGUAAAAAGUCUUUUAAGAAAAAGAGAAAUCCUAGAAAAGUCAGAUGGACCAAGGCUUUUCGUAAGUCACACAACAAGGAACUUACUACUGAUGCUUCACUUGAGUUUGAAAAGAGAAAAAAUUGUCCAGUCAAGUACGACAGGGAAUUAUGGGAGAAGAGCAUCAAAGCAAUGAAACGGGUUGAGGAAAUAAAAACAAAGAGACAAAAUCAAUUUAUAAUGAAUAGACUGAAGGUUGGCAAGCAGCUUAUGAAAGAAGCUGAUUUCCGUGAGGUUAAACAAAAUAUCAAUCUGAUCAAAUCACCGGCUGCUACCACAAAACAAAAAAGAAGAGGCGAUGCUGGAAAUUAUCACUGAACCAGAUGAGGAAAUGCUGGAAUGUAAUUGAUUUGUAUAUCGAAAUAACACUGAAUUCGGGUACAAUAUUAUUAUGCCUUUUUUCCAGAUUACAACGGACAUAGUUGUAUGCGAUUCAAUGUCAAGCUAACUUUGAAAUGUGUAAAUAUUGCAUAUAUAACAAUAGGUUUUCUGUACAAGGGAACAAUGCAUAAUUGCUCUUACGCAGCGUCAAUCAUCAGCGUUCUCAUUGUUUGUUUAUAUGCAUGACACAACACUGGUAGUAAUUUGCGAGAUUUGUUUAGUGCAGGUGCCUGUUACUGCCUUGAUACAUUCAUUCAUUGCAAAAAUAUAUAACGGUGUGAUUAUA